UCCACACAGUUAAAAAUACGGAACCCUCAUCGCAGUGGUAACAUAUUCCCUUCGAUAAGAUAAACACAGAUAACUUUACCACAGCUGCAGGACACCAGCACAAAUAAUUAAGCUAACGCCAUGCCAAGAAAGAAAGACAUUGUUAAAGGUGGUGCUCCAGUAGCUAGACUCAGAGAAAGCUCCAGACUUAUGCGCACACACGAAUCUAUGGUAGAUUACAUAAAUGGACGUCAUUCUGGGGGCUCUUUCCUGGAUGUCUUUGCCUCGGGCGUAUUUGGUUUAGAUUUUUUAAGGACCUUUGAUGGAGACUUGGACCAUGAUCUCAUAUAUACUGAUGAGGAGGAUGAUGAUGACGACGAUGUUCACUUCUGUUCACACAAUGCUGCUUACAGGCCUUUACAACCACAUCCAAGAAUAAGACAACUCACUGACGAGGAGGCCGAUAAACAUGCAAAGGAAUUGAUAGAAGAAGAGGAACGGCGUAAGGAGAAAACGGAGAAGAACAAGCGUAAGAAAUUGCGUAAAAAAGAAAAGAAGCGACUAGAAAAGGAGAAUGCAGUUAAAGACAUUUUACCUGAGGAAGAAAAAGGGAAGUCGGACUCCUCAGAAAAUCGUGAAGAAAAUCCUGUUAUUGAAAGUAACCCAGAAGCAGAUGAAUCUCCUGAAUCUGUUAAAACAGAAAAUGCAACGGAGGCAGCUGGAUGUAAUGAGAGCAGUGGUAAUAAUAAUAAAGAAGAAAGUCUUGUGAAGAUUAAUAAGAAAGAAGAUGAGGAGCACAAGGAUUUGGAUUUAAAUAAUUCAUAUGCUCCUAUGGUAAAAUCGGUACCCGAGGAGACGUGUAACCAGAGACCUGCGAGAGAAAGAAAAAAUGGAAAAACUAAAUCUCUGGGAGAUCAGUCCAAGGAGGAAAAACCAAAAGUUGUAGAGACACCUGAAGUCCAAAAGAAGGAACAGAAACAUGAUCCCAAUAAAGAGAAAACGAUGGAUCCCAGUGCAGAAGAGUUUGCAAAAAGAAGCAGAGAGCUUGCUGGUAUCGGAAAUCGUUUGGCUGCCUCUGCACAGUACGAGAUGGCUGUGAAAUGCUUUACAGAUGCCAUAAAAUAUAACCCAAAGGAAUUUAAGUUAUUUGGAAAUCGGUCCCUCUGUUAUGAAAGAAUGCAGCAGUAUGAAAAUGCUCUCAGGGAUGCUGACGUAGCACUCUCCAUGGAGCCAAAUUGGAUAAAAGGUUUAUUUAGAAAAGGAAAAGCUCUAUGUGGGCUCAAGAGAUACUACGAGGCAUCGCUGAUCUAUAAGGACGUGUUGAAGCUGGAAAGUUCGAGUGCUGAAGCCACACAAGAGCUGAAACGAGCACAGACAUUGCAUCUAAUGGAAAUGGGAUUCUCCUGGGCGCAGAGCUCUGAGGCCUUGAAAACACACGCCACGUUGGAGGAAGCUGUCGAAGCUCUGUUUGGUGUUGACAGUGAUCUGGGUCCUGGAGAUGCCAUUGCCAACACAGACCAACCACCAGUGGUGCAGGAAUAUGAUGACGAUGAGGGAGAGUGGAUUGUCCUGCAACCAAGCCGUCCUAGAACGCAGCAGGUCAAAGAGUUUGAUGCGUUUGGCCAAAGCAGAUCGAAAUCUCAGUCACCGACCCCUCAAUCACGGACAUCUAUGAAACCGGAGCUUUUCCCCAUCUGGGUUGGAUCCUUGGCCCCUGCUGUCACCUACACAACACUCCACGAGCUCUUCAGCAGAGCUGGGACAGUCUACAGCAUCAAGAUGCUGUUGGAACACCAGUGUGCCUUUGUGAACUACAUCAAAAAGGAAGACUGUGACAGAGCCAUACAGUGUAUUAAUGGAUUGGUGGUAGAGGGGGCCCCACUAUCUGUGCGAUAUCCCAAUAAGAUCCACACUGGACUGGGUGCGUCCAAAUUUGCCGCCACAGACUCGUUUUCACGACCCGGCCCGUUUUACAAGAAGGAGUGCUUUUUCUGGAGGACCACGGGCUGCACAAGGCAGGACUGCACCUUCAAACAUGUCCCAGAGCACAAGAACAUUGACAAGGACAAAUUUACCAGUAGACUGGGAAAUCUAGGAAUUCAGAAAUGACAAGCAUGCAUUGUUUCAUGUGACAUUUAAUAGUGAAGUUGCCAAACUGGGUUGCUUUCAGUCGUUCGUCUUGGUUUCAAAAAAAUAAUCAUUGUUUGGAUUUGUCAUUCUGCCGCUGCUACGUCAUACUACUGUGUCAUGGUAAACAUUUGUGUGCAUCAAGCUCCGAGCAUUCCUUUGUAUUGUUAUUGUCAGGGAUUAUUUAAUCUGUUUAAAGAUUGUGUUAAUACACUUGAUUGUUUACUCUUGUAGUAUUGUUUUAAAAUUGAUUUAACAGAUAUUUUGUUUCAGUCACCACUAGGUGGCACUGUUACCUCUUUAUCCCUUAACUUUGGGGCUAUUAACUGUUCUGCUUUCAUUUUUAAAGCUGUAAUUGAUGAGUAGUAAGUCACAUUGAAUGUGCCAUGUUUAACUGUAAAACUGUGCCCUGUAUUUACAUCACUGGGGCAUUGGGUCUGUUUAAUGUGCAGGAUGACUAAUGGUUCAGUUCAUUAUGUGUAAUUUCUGUAAUGCCAUGUCUGUUGGAGAAUCUGUUUAAAUGUAGUGAUGUUUGUGUUCAAACAAUCAUACAAGAAGUGCCUUUUAGUAGCACUGUGGCUGCAGUUUAUCAUGGGUCAGUCCAGAGGGAAUUAAAGCCGCAACUUUGAGGUUGUUAAUAUCGGGCCAUGCACAUUAAUAUAUGUGGUACAAGACUGAAAACCUGGCGUAGGUGGAACAGUAUAGAUGGGCCUGGAUGUGACUCACUACAAAGAAUAAUAAAGUCAGCCUCAUGAGAAACUGCAUAAGGCUAAAGCACGA